ACAAACUGAUAAAAGUAGUAGUUUUCAGUACUUGUAUAACAUUUUUUAUUGAAUGUUUUAAUAUCGCCGGUAACUGUUAUUUUGUUAAUAUCUAAAACGUAUUUUAUCCUAAUCCUAAUUGAAAUUCAUCGCUCUACUCACUCUAUUAUCGCAGAUACUUACGUAAAAGAAUCAGAAAAAAGAAAAAGAAAUGUUCCAAAUCGUACAUUGUUUAAAAUACAUAGCAAGAAACCAAAUCCAGACAAAAUUUAAACUACAUAAUUUCACAAAAAUUUCUUCACUUUCACACAGGUCUUAUGCUAUCAAUAAAUUUUAUAAAACUACUUCUAUUAUUGAAAAUAGUGAUUCAUAUGGAGUAUUACUUGACAAUAGCAAAUUAAAAACACCAUUAGGUAAAGAACUUGUAAUAAAUAAUAAAGCUUUGGCUCUUGCUGUUGCCGAAGAAUGGGAUAUGCAGCAAGAACAUAUAAAAACAGAUCCUAUGCACUUGACAAAGUUAUGUUUUUUGGCAGUUGACAAUCCUAGUGAUCUUUCAGAACAUGAAGUGGUACAACAAAUAUUGUCAUACCUAGAAACUGACACAGUCUUCUUUAUUUCUGAUACUGAUAACGAGCUAGAAAAAUUAUUAAUGGAAAAAUGGAUGCCACUAAUUCAGAAGUUUAAUGGAUAUUUUGAAACCAAUUUAAAACCAUCCAAAGGUAUUUCUGUUGAAUGUCUUGAUGCGCAUACUAAGGCAUUAGUUGAAAAAUAUUUUUUAUCGCUCGGAUUCCCUGCUCUUCAUGGUGUUUUACAUGCUGUUGAAACUUUAAAAUCAUUAGUACUUACUACAUGUUGCUUACAUCAAGAUAUUUCUGUAAAGGAUGCUGUUCUAUUAUCUAAGAUGGAAGAAGAAUAUCAGUGUAUGAAAUGGGGACGCGUGGAUUGGAUUAAAGAUUAUAUGGACAACGACUCAGUAAUCAGAUUAUCAGCUGCUAUGUUAUUUAUUUAUUAUACACUCAAUCCUAAAUACAAACCAUUAGCUAAGCAGGAUAAUUAUACUCAAACACAGCAGUCUUUAAAACAAUAACUAAUAAACCAUGUAAGAAUAAUUUAAUAAAAAAUAGAAAAUAUCCUUAGAA